AUAAAAAGUUGACGAGUCUCGCGACCACGAAUGGCUCCGAGGCCGCCCGAGGCUCAAAGCUCGCUCGCUUUCUCUCUCUCUCUCUCUCUCUCGCGGAACGGCUCAGCCUUGGCUCUAGCCGAGACCGUAGAGAACGUCCGUGAGGGCCGCCACGAAGACCACCGUGUGACGUUGCGAGCAGUCGCGGAGGAGCGACGGACUCGCAUUAUCGGCUCAUUCGGUGGAGCACUCCGGACGCGGGAUGAACAUUUGAUCGCGCGCGCGCGCAGCGCCAGUGAGUGAGAGAGAGCUCUCCGUCACCACCGCUCUGUGAGCGCGAGGAAACGCGACGAACAUCGUAGGCAAGUGAGAAAAAGAAGAUGUCGAAAGCUGCUGACAGACAGAGCUACGCGCAAACUUACAAGCUCGUUGUCGUGGGUGGGGGUGGUGUCGGGAAAUCGGCGAUUACGAUACAAUUCAUUCAAAGUUAUUUCGUGACCGAUUAUGAUCCCACGAUCGAGGACUCCUACACGAAGCAGUGUGUUAUCGACGAUGUGCCCGCAAAACUUGAUAUAUUGGACACUGCCGGCCAAGAAGAGUUUAGUGCAAUGCGCGAACAGUACAUGAGAAGCGGCGAGGGAUUUCUACUCGUGUUUGCCGUCACCGAUCAUUCGUCUUUUGAGGAGAUAUUGAAGUUUCACAAGCAAAUACUUCGGGUAAAGGAUCGAGACGAGUUCCCUAUGUUGAUGGUUGGCAAUAAAGCGGACUUGGAUAAUCAUAGAAGCGUGUCGGUCGAAGAGGCGCAAAAUAUGGCACGUCUACUAAAAAUUCCAUACAUCGAGUGCAGCGCGAAGCUACGUAUGAACGUUGAUCAAGCUUUUCACGAACUGGUACGAAUCGUCCGGAAAUUUCAACUGUCAGAGCGGCCACCACUUAAACCGAACUACAAGAAAAAUAAAAAGAAAUGUUGUAUGCUGUAAUAUCGAGACCAGCUAAAUUGGCAGUCGGCUUUAUGCUUAUUGGACCCACAUUUUUCACGGUGAGUUCUAACUACAACUGGAACGUUUGGAGAAAUAUAGAGAUUCAUGCAUUUGUGCACGGGAAGGAUAAGGAGAUACGGAUUUGUUUCGAUCGAGCACUCCUACAACGCCAACAACACCAACACAACCGAGUUUGCUGAUAAUUGAUAAUACUCCGAUAAAAGGUAACGCCUCAUCGAUGAUCACAUUGAUGUCCGCGUCAUUUUAUGACAAUAACACUGAUAUGAUUUAUCAUAAUAUGACAAUAAAGCAAGUAUGAGAUGUGGGACGCGUGCGAAAGAAGGAUAUUUGAGUGAUGAUUAAUCAAACAGGCCAAAAUUUUAAUUUUCUCUAACGUAAUGGGUCAGUUUCUACAAUUUGAUUUGAAUAUCAGAAGCGAUAGCCCAAUGACCAAUACAUUAUUUUUGUAAAAGUUUCACUAGGAAUUCUGUUUGUGCGAGUAUUAUCAGAUAUGUCGCCAGGACAGUACAGUUCAGUUAUUAUUUGUAAUGCGACGUAUCGCUUGAGGAGUUUAUUCACUGAAACCAAGAGAUGUUUAAAAUUAUCGAAAAAUUUAACAUAAUAUUUAUCGCAGUAAAACACAUUCGUAGUUUCGGUUUUACGCGAUUUGUUUGCAUCGUUCAGGAGAAAUUUAAUACUACAUGCCGCAAUUUCGCACAUGUCGCCUUGUGGUAGAAGAAAUAUAAAUGAGCAUCAUCUCACUUUAUAAAAAAUAGCUUCCAAAUGAUAGCUUCCAAAUGAUAGCUUCCAAAUAAAAAACGUAUCGUUAUAAAUGUUAUAUAUUAGGAAACGCGAUAUAAAAGAAAGAAUAGUAUUCGCUACAUCGUUUUUGCGUAAUGGUCGAUUGUAAGCCUGAAAACUGCUGUUUUAAGCCUAAUUUAUUAUAUCCUCUCUUUGCUUCCUUUUUCUCUGUUUUUUUCUUUUUUUUUUCUUUUUCUUUUUUUUUUUUUUUAGUUUAAGGCUUAAAGUGUAAGUCAGAAAGAGAUAAAGAAAAAAAACAGGAAGCAAAUAACACAUUGUAGAUCAAGCUUUAUAUUUUGAGUAACAUUAUAUUGAGUAAAACGUGAUGUUAAGUAAAGAUGGUAUUAUGAAAUUAGUUUCAAAUUAACAUUUAUUGGUUAAAUAGUAGGAAAAUAUAUAAAAAAUGUAAUUUUGUUAAAGAAAUAGCGAAUUUAUGAGUAGCUUCCUUUAUAUCAUUGGAAAUACGCCACUUGGGCGCCUUGAAAAUAUUAUGUUUGGUGAAUAAACUUCUUAAUAUCGCAUUCAAAAACUUGCGGCUUGCUUUCGUGUAGAUAAGUGCAGUCAAUUGUGUAUAUUUUAUUGUAUGUAGUGGUUGAAAUUUUAUGCUGUUAUAAUAAUGUCGAAAUGGGGCCAAUAACAAUCUUCACGCACAGAAUUUUAUAAUUAACGAUAUCUCAAGUAUAUAUUCUCUACGAAUUUUAAUCUGUAUGCUGCCUCACAUUGUAAUAUUUAAUAUUCUCAAAAACCAACAAAUAAUUACACCGCGUUUUUUAAACUAUUCAUACAUAUUACAAUAUAUUAUUUUUCAUAUAUGAGAGGAAAGAUAAUGAGAUGAGAGACUUGAACAACAAAAUUAUAUAAUAAUUUGCAUAUUUAUUUAUGCAAUUUUAUGUAUGAUAUGGGAACGAAAUUACUAAUCAAGUUAACAAGCGACGUAGAAGGCACAAGUAUCUCGUUACUUCCCUUUUCUCUGCUAACUUACAUUUUAAUGAGACACAUGUUUAUUGAGUGGUAUUUUGUAAUAAUGUUGCCUAGUACUCGUGAUAAAAAAAAGAAAACAUCGUUUUCGCGGAGAUAUAAGAAAAGAAAUGUGUUCAAAAAGAUUCGAUUUCAUCAACAAUGAAACAUCUUUAAUAUUAUGAAAUUCUUCACCUGCCAAAAUUUGUUUCAUUGUUGAUGGCACCGAUCGUAAAAUGUACUAAUAAUGAUACUAAUAAUUAAUAUUAAUUUCAAUAUAUAACAUAGUUAUAUAUAUAAUAAUAUUACAAUACGUACAUAAGAUAGAGAGGUAAAGAUCGUUAUUGGUGGUAAAAUUGGCAAGUUGAUGAUAUAUGUGCAAUUUAUAUGUAUAUGCAUGUACGUACAAUAUCUCAAAAAUAUUCCGGUACCUCGGAAUUUUGCGUAAAAAGUAUAUGUUUAAUUUUUGUCAUCUUUUCUUUUAAUCCUUUCCAGUUAUACCGCCAAUCGAUCAUUCUGUGUCUAAGCCUACAAAACGAAGAUAUACUGUAUCUUACAAGUUACAAAGUCUCGCCACAAUUGGUGUGCCGCGCUUAAUAAUUAAUUAAUUUAUACGAGCGUAUAUCUCGCAAAAUAUUACCUGUAAUAAUUCGCGAAACGCCGAGCCUUGGAUAAAAAGUUCCAUUUAUUUUUGUAACUAAGUGUAUUUAUAUAUUUGUAAAAAAAAUGUCUAUAUACAUAUAUACCGACUGAUUGUUAGGUAUAACUUACGUUUGUUGAAUAACUUUUUUUCUGUAUAAAGCAAAUAAUACGAUGAAUAUCGAUUAAUUGUUA